AUGCUGGGAUCAGCGCGUGCGAGAAAUGCAGGCAAUGGCAGUGGGCUCUUGCAUUGCUCAGCCGCAUGCGGGAGGCGAAGUUGGAGCCCAAUUCAGCUACAGCGCUGGGAUCAGCGCGUGCGAGAAGGGCGAGCAGUGGCAGCGGGGUUUGGCGCUUCUCAGCGAGAUGCGGGAGGCGAAGUUGGAGCCCAACUCAUCAGCUACAACGCUGGGAUCAGCGCGUGCGAGAAGGGCAGGCAGUGGCAGCGGGCUCUGUCGCUGCUCAGCGAGAUGUGGGAGGUGAAGCUGGUGCCCAACAUCAUCAGCCUCAGCGCUGGGGUUCUGGCUUGUGAGAGGAGUGGACACGGGCAACAGGCGAUUUUGAUGCUCACCGAAACGCGGGAUGCGAAGCUUGAGUCGUUCAGUGAUCUACUCAUUAAUGCGAUGCGCACGUGA